AUGGUAAGCUCCUCCAACAUCUACACACAGGGGUAUAAAGAAUGGGCCUUAAGGAAUCAUUGGUUUGAAGAUUUGAGAUGCGAUUGUGAUGAACCUGCGACAUUCUCGAUCUCCAAAAUUGUCGAUAAUCCAUGGAGGAAAUUCAGGGGGUGUCCAAACUAUCAGCUUGACCCACCCCUACCAAACACUUACUACAAGGAAAUUAUGUGGAAGUUCCAUAUGGAAUUAAAGGAGGCUAAGAACAAUAAAGCAUUUGGAAUGGAGAUUUUGAAGCUUUCGGAGGAGGCCAAGAACAACAAAGCAGUUCAAGUGGAUAUUUUAAAACUGUUGAAGGUGGAGCUAGUUAUGAUGGUCAUGCUUUUGGUGGUGGUGAUUGUGAUGGGGUUUAUGGCUCACAAUGUUGUGGUUAAAGCACUAUGA